GUGCCUGACGUGGUUGAGUUCAGACAGAGCUCAGAGCUGGGAGUGGAACUGAAUUUUCUCUGCCUGCAACAGCUGUUCAUUUCGCACUGCCUGGUGUUGUGGAAAUAGCGUGAAUAUUGAUCAGUUACAGGAUAAUAACUGGAAUUGCAGAAGUAACUGGAGGAAGAAAAUAACCGGACAGAUGUGGCUCUUUGAAAAACUCAAGACAGCAGAAACACAUGGUCUUGAGUUCCAACUGACCACAAGAGAGGUCACUGCCUACAGGAGGCCACUUACCUGUCCCAAUGUCCUCACACCGGACAGAAUUCCUGAAUUUUGCAUACCUCCCCGAUUUCCGUCCCAAAGAGCCCUGAAAGUAAGGUCGUUUCAUAGGUCUGUUCCUGAUCUUUCCGGGGCAGCUUUUGAAAUAGGUGUACUUACCCCCCCAGAGACACAUAUUAUUCAAGUGGACAGUGCAGAAGAUUCACUUGAGGAGGAAAGCACUAAUGCUGAUCCACAAUCCCAAGCUGCUCUGUCACUCCCACAUCUUCCAAAAAUGCAGACUUCAUAUGGAUUUUGCACUUUGCUCGAAAGCCCCAAUACCAGAAGGAAAGAGUCUCUUUUUCACAAUGACCCUGCCAGUUUUCCUAUUCUUCUUCCAAGAUCCCGCUCCAACACAACUUCCUCUCCUAGCAGCUUCUCUCUCAGGCUGCUGCCCCUCAGGCGAUCUGGUACCUUGGACAGCGACACAUCAUCUUCUACAGACUCUUCCCCUUUCAACUCACCUUUGUUGCAGCGGUCUCUUCCAAGGGGCAGCUCUUUGCUAAAAGCUAUCAGUCAGGACAAGCUUUUCUGCCGGGCUUUCAAGGGGAAGGCGAAGUUGGGGUUGUCCAGAAAUAACUCACUGUCUGCAGAUGAGGGAAGCUCUACUGACAGCAGUCCCUGCACUGUGCGGAGAGUUUCUGAUGGGAUGAUGGAUUCCAUAUUUCCCAUGGAUCUUUUGCAUUCAAGAGACAGAUUUGUGGGAGACAAUGCUGUUUUCCUUGAUGGUGGAGGCUCCCUCCGUUUGUCUGCAGAAUACUGCCCCACAACUCAGAGACUGCGAGUCCGCCUCAUUAGUGCUGAAGGACUUUAUCAAUCAACUGUUGACCCCAAAACCAUCAACUGCUUUGUGACUCUGUCUAUCACUCCUGGAAAACAGCAGAAGCAGAGGAGUACUGUCAUUAGGAGAAGCCGGAAUCCCAUUUUCAAUGAGGACUUUUUUUUUGAGAACCUUCCAGAAACACAGCUCCGCUGCCACUGUUUGAAACUUAAGGCAAUUAACAAGAUGUUUGGUAUGAAAAGAGACUGUGUUCUGGGACAGAGUGAGCUUCCUUUGCUCAGCAUCCUAUGCUUCUGAACUCAUCUGUAGGUCACUGGAACUAUGUUGAGAAAGAAGAACAAAAUGACUUUAUAUUUCUAGAUAACUUAUGAAAAGUCAGAAUACUGGCAAUCCUAUUUUUUUUCGGGGGGGGGGGGGGGUUGGUCUAGAGUGUUUUUUUCACAAAUUAAGGGCCAUAGACAUAUAAAAGCACUCUGUGUAGACCGUGUAGUCUUUGAAUUCCAUACAAGCUUCAUAAAUUUAACUUCAAACCAGACUCAAGAUUGACAAGAAUAUAACAUUAAAUUCAAAUUAAUGGGGUUAUUUAUCAAUGUUUGAGUUUUGCGUUCUUGAUGAUAGUUUUAGUAAAAACUUGAAUUUUUCAAAAUGUAAUAUAUCCUGAAGCUGAAAAAAGCUAGAAUCCGAAAAUACACCAGC